CGUGACUCUGACCCACGAGCACUUUUCUGGCAUUCAGAACAAUUAAUCUUACCUGAAGUGCUCCUAACGUGCGGAGCGUCUUUUUAGGUUUCAGUCUUUUUAAACUAAAAUAACUAAAAAUGUCUUCUGUAGUUGCUCAGUCCCAUUUCAUUUUCGGUCUACGGACUGGUGUGAGGAGCAAUUUGUGUUUCUUGGACGAACAAACUGUCGUCUUCACCAGCGGAAACAGCUGCGUGUGUUUCAACACUGUCCAAAGAUGGCAGCGGUUCAUUUCAGGCUCAGAGAGAAGUCAGGGGAUGCGUGCUAUGACCAUCAGCUCCAACAAACGUUACCUGGCAGUGUCAGAGUGUGGAGAGAGGGCCACCGUCACAGUGUUUGACCUGCAGCAUGAGCAAGGCAGAAAGAGAAAAGUUCUGACUGCAGGAGAUGUGUCUGUUCCAGAGUUUGUCUGCAUUGCUUUCUCCCCUGACUCCAAGUAUCUCACAGGUCUAACAGGGGGCCCGGAGUGGAUGUUGGUCCUCUGGCUUUGGGAGAAACACAAAGUCCUGGCAACAGUGAAGACAACAAACCCAAAUAAUCCUGUCACCCAGGUCAGCUUCAAUCCUUACAACAACACACAGCUCUGUGUGACUGGAACAGGCGUUUUCAAGCUGUUCCGCUACUCAGAGGGGUCCCUGAAGCAGAGCAGCUUCGCAAAGGUUGAGUCCAUCAAUUUCCUGUGCCACACCUGGAUGUCAGAGCAGAGGGUGAUUGCUGGGACAGACACUGGCAGGCUGCUGGUGUUUGAGUCUGGAGAUCUGCGAAGAGAGAUCAGCAUGACUUCUGUGCAGGGCCAGUCUGACAGGCAGGUGGAGGUAAAGAAGAUCAAAGAUACUGGUGUGGAUGAAGGUCCUUCUGUCCUUUCCAUCACAGCCAUCCUGCCCUACUCCAAAGGCUUUGCAUGCUCUAGAGGUCCUGGCAUCGUUUGUCUGUUUGAGCAAGCAGAAGAGAACAGUUACAGAAAGAGCAGGGAGAUAAAGAUCCCUCCAGAUCCAUGCUGCGGUGAUGUGACCCUGGCAGAAGACCAGCAGAUUGACGCCAUCUGCAUCAGUCCAGCAGAGGAGACUCUGGCCAUCAGCACAAACCGAGGACAGCUCUACAGUGUCAGCCUGUCCUCUGUGGACAUGAACAAGGAGGAACAACUACCCUUUGAGUUCCUGUCCCAGUCCUUCCACUCCAGCUCCAUCACCGGGUUGUCUAUCUGCAUUCGCAAGCCCCUCAUAGCCACCUGCUCUCUGGAUCGCUCUGUCCGCAUCUGGAACUACGAGACAAAAGUGUUGGAGUUGUACAAGGAGUUCCAGGAGGAGGCAUACAGUGUCGCUCUACAUCCCACAGGCCUCUUCAUCCUUGUGGGCUUUUCAGGCAAACUCAGGUUGAUGAACCUGCUUAUUGAUGACAUUCGUACCUUCAAGGAGUUCACAGUGCGCAGCUGCAGAGAGUGUGCUUUUAGCAAUGGUGGCCACAUGUUUGCAGCUGUCAAUGGAAACAUCAUUCAAAUCUAUUCUGUCAUUUCUUUUGACAAUAUCCUCAAUCUGAAAGGCCACAAUGGAAAGGUAUGUCGGAUUGAAUGGAGCCUGGAUGACAGCCGGCUGGUGUCUUGCGGGGUGGAUGGAGCAGUGUACGAGUGGAACACAAGGAGUGGAAAGCGGGAGUCAGAAAGCGUCUUCAAGUCCUGCAGCUAUACAGGUGUGGCCUUCUCCUCAGACUGUAAGACCAUCCUGGCUGUGGGAACAGACCUCACUCUGAAGGAGAUCCAAGACUGUCAGGUCCUGAGGGAGCUUCCAGCUGAUGAAACGGCUCACACUGCUCUUGCAGUGUCUCAUUCCGGUAGAGUAGUCUUCACCGGGACCUCCAGUGGAACUGUAAGGGCCAUUAAAUACCCAUUACCCAUCCAGAAGGAGUGGAUCACAUACCAGGCUCACUGUGGGCCUGUCACCAAGAUGGCGAUCACGUAUGAUGAUCAGUUCCUGCUGACAGUGUCUGAAGACGGCUGUCUGCUGAUAUGGAAGAUCAUUGAUAAGGAGGGCCGAGGUCUAAAGAGCAACAAGCACAUUGUCCACACUGAAGAGAUCCUCAUCACCAAGUCAGACCUGGAGGAGAAGACCCAGCACAUGCUGGAGAUGAAGAUGCGUCUGGAAGAGCUGCAGAUGGAGAACGAGUACCAGCUCCGCCUGAAGGACAUGAGCUACAACGAGAAGCUCAAAGAGCUUUCUGACAACUUUGUCCAGCAGAUAGAAACUCUGAAAACAUCCCAACAGGCCAUGAAGAUAGAGAUGGAAAAGCAGGAAUGUGAGAAUCAGCAGAAUUCUGCAGAGCUUGCUAGGAAGCACUCAAAAGAACUGAAAGAGUUGGAGCUAUCAUAUAGCCAGAAGCUGAUUGUGGAACACAAGAAGUACCAGGAUCUUCAUCAAAAACAUCAAAGAAUGCAGGAAGACUAUGAAAAGCAGCUCAAAUCUGUAGAGGACUGCAAAAUCCAAGCAGUGGAGGAGCUCACAAAGAUGUAUGAGACUAAGCUGCAGGAGAAGGCUCAGCUCCUCGCUCAGUGUCAGGAGGACAACGAACAGAAGAUCAGUGUGUAUAAAGCUAUCAUAAAGCAGGUUGAAGAGGAUGAGGAGAGGAAGAUUCUCGACAUCCAGACCCAGUACGAGAAGAAACUGCAAACUGAGAAACAGACCAACACAAGUCUGAAGGGAAAAACUAGCAUCAUGACACAAAAGUUCUACAGUCUACAGAAACAGAUUGAUGAAAGGGGCACUGAUAUAAACAAGCUGAAGCAAGAGCGGCUGAGGCUGCUUGGGUUGAUCCGCUCCCUGGAAAGUGACAUUGAGGACCUGAAGAGGCAGAUCUCUGGACAUGAAAAGACCAGUCAGGACAAGGAUAACAUCAUCUCCUGCCUGAAGAGAAAGAACCAGGAACUGGAGAAGUUAAAGUUUGUUCUUGAAUUCCAGCUGAAUGAGUUAAAGCAGAAAACCGAGCCUCUGCAACAGGACAUCAGUCUGAAGAAGGAGCAGAUCCAUCAACUGGAGGAGGAGCUAAUACAAACUGACAAGAGCAACACUCAGCUGAAGCUCAUCGUGUCUGAGCUGAGGCUCAAACUGAAAACCAGAGACAAAGAGAUGCACAACGAGAGACAGAAAGUCAGAGAUUUGGAGACGCAUCUUCAGCGACUCAAAUCAGACUUGUACAGCUGUGUUGGCUUCAUUCAGGACCCUAAAAAACUGAGGGACAACAUACAGAUGAUUUAUGCUCGAUAUGUCCAGCAGACUGACAGGGUGGAGAGAAGCAGUGCAAAUGAUCCCAUUCAGAAGGCAUUGUGUCACCAGUGUGAUCAACAGGAGAAGACAGUGAAUGGUCUCAGAAUGAGGCUGGCCAAAACUGCUGAUGAUCACGAAAGAAUUUACAUCAAGAUCAUGAAGGAAAACGUGACUUUGAUAGCUGAACUGAACGAGCUGCGGAAGGAGCUGCAUUUGGCAAGGACUCAGGCUAAAGACUACAAAGCUCACCUGGCCCACUUAAAGAAGCCCAAGAAGUCAAAACCCGGCUCAGAGGUAGCAGCCUAUCAGGAGCCCAAACAGCUAAGCGUCAGCUGACCAUGUUCUACAUCAGCAGUCGCUCUGCAGCUAAACACACAGCCGGGGGAAGUCACAGCAGCAGAUUAAAAUGAAUUUUAUUAAAGGACAAAUUGGAAGUCUGGGUGACCUCUAAUUUCCUACUUCUGCAUUCAGACAAAGCUGAGGUUAUUGUACUCAGUCCUGAAAAUCUUGGUGUCUGUCCAAAUGUUUAGUUUAGAUGGCAUUACCUCGGCCUCCAGGAGUCAUUUUUGGUCAGAUAUGUCCUUAAGUGCACGUUAAAUAAAUAUG